AUGAAAUUGUUCCCAAUUAUUGCUGCAUUAGUGUGGCUUGUUUUAUUAAAAUUUGCCUAUGGAUUAGAUAAUGAGCUAAUAAAAAGCGAAGCCAGACAGGGAAGAUUCUUUCCAUUUUACACAAUUGGUCGAUUUUCGAACGAUGUGUGUACCGGAACUAAUAGAAUGAUUGGUACCUGCCAAGUACGUGGAGAAUGUGUGGAUGGAGGUGGUGUAACAGCUGGAACUUGUUCUUCAGUAACCGCUCAAGCAGUUUGUUGUAUUUAUACUGCAACUUGUGGAGGUUCAACAAGCAACAACAACACCUACUUCUACAAUACAAAUUAUCCGGGAACAUUUAAUGGAGCCAGCCGUUGUACUUUAACAGUUCAUCCUUGUGAUUCCACAAUUUGUCAACUUCGUAUUGAUUUUCUGUCAUUAUCCUUAGCACCACCAAAUGGUGAUGGCUCUUGUGUGACUGAUAUAUUAACCAUAACCGGAGGAUCAUCGAGAGUUCCUCGAAUUUGUGGUGAAAAUACUGGUCAACAUGUUUAUGUUGAUUUCAAUGGUUUAAACCCAAUAACAAUUACUGUGGAAACCUCAGGCAGCGUAACGUUUAACAGACAAUGGCAAAUGCAAAUAGCUCAAAUAGCUUGUGCAUCUCCAAAUAAAGCACCAUCUGGAUGUUUGCAGUAUUAUACCGGAGCUACUGGCACUGUAUCAAGUUUUAACUACUCCCCUGCCGCUUCAGCUCAAUUAAAUACAGUAGGAGUUGGUGGCACAAGGCAACUUGCAAAUACAAAUUAUGGAAUUUGUGUGCGAAUGGAAGCAGGUCGAUGUUCGAUUACUUGGAGUCAAUUGAGUGAGGAUCCUUAUUCAUUUACUGUUACGAAUGAUGUUGGUGCUGUUGAUCCAACUUUACUGGGAACUGCUGCUGUACAAAGUCAAACUUGUACAACUGAUUAUAUUGUUAUUCCGGCUCCGGUUCAAGCUGGUGUCAGCUUAGGUAGUGAUAGAUUUUGUGGAUUGGGAUUAGUUGCUACCACAAGUUCAUCGAAACCAUUUGUUUUGUAUACUAUUACGGAUGCAAAUGAAAAUCCUGAUAUAUUGAAUCGAGGAUUUUCUUUGUCUUACAGUCAAAAUAAUUGUCCAAUAACUGGGCCUUAA